UUUAUUCUAUGGUAUACGAAUACGAACCGAGUUAUCUCGGUGGAUAUUUAUUUUCAAUUAAAUUAUACUGAAAUUAAACAACCAGUUCACAAAAUGAACAGGACCAUACUCUCACGAGCGUUGUUGCUGAAUAGCAUAAGAAAUACCGCUAAAAACUCCAAGCAAUCUACCAGAAAUUCUGGACAUGGGUCUUGGUCAUACAGGGUACCUCCACCACUACCAUCCAAGGGUGUGGAGAUGAAAGCCAACAUUAUUGGUGGACUCUGUUGGUGGUGGAUCCUUCACCAUAUCUUCACCGAACCUGAACAUGUUUAUGGAGAAUGGCCUUACAUUGACCCGUGCACCUGGACAGAUGCGGAACUUGGUAUCCCUCCUGAUUCAGCUGGACCGUUGAAGCAUUAAUAGAAAAAAAUAUUACCCAAUUCAUUAGCUUGUUGCAAGACAUACAUUUUGUGAUAUUUCCAUCUCAACAUAAAGGUAGCAGAAUUACAAUUGUAAAAUAAGCUAAUUAUUUGUACAGAUUUAUUUAAAUUAUAUGUAGCAUGAUUCAUUAAUGUUAUAAAUAAAAAACAAAA